AUGUCCCAAAUACAAAAAGGCUAACAUUUACUACGUUACUGUCGUGUAAAUGUGCCCAAUGUGAUUCUAACUUCCCCACGAACACCCCCUCCGAUUUACUGAAGAAAAAAAUGCAGCUCCUCGGCGGCUCCGCCCCUCACGCUCAGAUGUGGACGCAAAAAAGGGGGUGGAAGGGGUCCAGCAGCAACUAUGUGACAGACAGACAACACGGACCCUCGGUUGCUCUGUUUGCAGGUACCGCGGAAGGCACACCGGAGCUGGGCCGCAUGCAGGACGCCUCAUAAUGACAGUAAUGUCACACAGGACCGCGGCAGCAUCCUCUUGCAGCGUGCACCCCCACGCUUUUUAGUCUGGUACAUGAAGAAGUAGAAUCUGAGGGCCUCCCAGUUGACAUCUGGGCUGACCCCAGCCUCGGCCCCCCUCCUCCAAUUCCUCCAGCUGCAGGGCUUUGUUGCCCCAGAGUAAUGAAGUCCAGCAUGUGGCAAUGGCGGAGGCUUGUGCUGGUAGGAAUGCUGGCCUGGGUUCUCUUCUUCCUCGCUCUCUUCUCCUACUUCCUGGACGCCGGCCCGCUGCUCACCCAGCACCCCGACACCCGCCGUCUGGCUUCCAUACAGCAGAACUCUUUGACAGGCUCCAGGCCUGAGUUGGCCCCCAGCCUGACCCCAACUUAUCCUGGAGAUGGACCUGGAUUGGAGGCUCACAGCAGCUCUGUGACCCCGGGGUCCAGCGUGGAGGUGAGCAGAAGCCCUAACAGUGCACUCGAUGCCAACUAUGGUAGCCAGGAGACCAGUCGCCAAGACUCCCUGGACCCCCAGACUCUGGCUGCAUGGUCUUCUUUUGGCACCGAGAAUGUGGGCUCUCAUUCGAGUCGAGACAGAACUUCCCGGACCACAGAGUAUCAAAACCAUGUGAAAAAAGUGCACAACCAGGGUGGGGAGGAGGAGGAGGAAGAUGCAGAUGAAGAAAGAGGAAACAGAAUGAGGACUCUCAGGGGGGCUGCUGACGCCUCCUCUGAUCUGGAGGAGUCCUACUCCUCCAAGUCGGCGUUGGCGGCGAAGCGCCUGUGGCAGGGCCUCAUGUCUUCAUCUACGCUGAAGCAGGUCAGGAACGAGUAUCUGAACGCCAACAAGUACCACGUGGCCUUCAAGGGGCCCCGUAGGACCUCGCAAAGCGCCAAGGAGCUGCUGUGUCAGAUGAAAGCUCAGGCCCCACUCAGCACGGUGGAUGGGUCCGAGCAGCCCUUCUCCUCGUUUGGGUGGGCUGACCUGGUGCCCUCCCUGACCCUGGAGCAGCUGUACAGGACUCAGGGGCGGAGCAGCUUCCGUACAUGCGCCGUGGUCUCCUCGGCCGGCGCCAUCCUGCGGUCGGGACUGGGCAAAGAGAUUGACGCUCAUGACGCAGUGUUGAGGUUCAACGCGGCGCCCACCGAGGGCUACGAGAGAGACGUGGGGAGCAAAACCACCAUCAGGAUCAUCAACUCGCAGAUUCUGGCAAAGACCAAGUUUCAAUUCAAAACAAGUUCUCUUUACAAGAAUGUCACCCUGGUGGCCUGGGACCCUGCACCCUAUGACCUCAACCUACACAAGUGGUACGCCAGUCCCGACUACGACCUUUUCGGCCCGUAUGUGGAGCAUCGCAAGCAUUACCCGGGCCAGCCCUUCUACAUCCUGCACCCCAGCUACAUUUGGGGUCUCUGGGACGUGAUUCAGGGCAACACUCAGGAGAACAUUCAGCCCAACCCUCCCUCAUCUGGCUUCUUAGGCAUCCUCCUGAUGAUGGCGCUGUGCGAGCAGGUGCACGUGUACAAGUACAUCCCCUCUGCGAGGCAGACGGACCUGUGCCAUUACCACGAGCUCUACCACGACAUAGCGUGCACGCUGGGGGCCUACCACCCGCUUUUGUUCGAGAAGAACCUCGUCCUGCGGAUUAACACCGGCACCGAGGGCGACCUCAAGAAGGGGCGGGUCACCCUGCCCGGGUUCCGCACCGUGGACUGUGACAUCUGAACCGUACGAGAGCCGACUCUUUUGAGCCCAACUUUGGUAACUUGGUCCUUUUCUUGGGGGCCACUCUGAGGGCGCGUUGCAAUAAAGCCACUGGAGACGGACGGGGGGGGGUUUGUCAACACAGUGGGCUUUGAGGGAGCUUGUUUCAAGAUGGUCUUUGCCGGGAAGACGUCUCUUAUCUCUCUGCUUUAGCUGAGCCAUGUUAGCUGCAGCCGCAGUUUUUUUACGAGACUUUUCAAUGAUUUCAAAUGUGUGUUUUUUCCACUUUACAGCAGUGGACUUCCUGUUUUUCUACUCUGAGUCGUCCACGCCGACAGGGUCUUAAUCGGUUGUGCCCCUCCCAUUGCUCUGCACCAGCCCUCGUUAUUCCUCUGGUGUGCUUCCUUCGGUGGCAUCGGCCUGAUGAAGACGCUCGUCGCUCCGUGCUUGGAUGCUGCGAGUUCUCCUGUCCAAUGGGACACCAAGGUGGACACAGGUGGGCUAGACCUGGUUGGGGUGGGCUCGGUAGAUGGGACGCUACGGAGGGUAGGGUAGUGGGGGCAAGUUCCCGAUCUUCCAGCCAUAUUUGACCGGCGGCCAUUUUUUAAAAACAACUCGUUGCUGUUGUUUCUACUAUUGUCGUUGCUGAACGUCACCACAAACGCAGCAGAAGCAAAAUAAAACCGUCCUCCUCAACCAUCACCAACAAAGAACGUCUUGGGGAGAGUUCGUGCUUAAAAACUGCUGGUAACUUCAUUUUUUUUCUAAACACGAAAGGACAAGACGCACAAUAAAAGCAAUGUUUGGCCGUUUGUCCGAAGGUGAUCAUCAAUGUUGACUUUUGUGUUCAAACCAAUCCAGUUUUGAAAACACGCUGGUGAACAUUUGCAAUACAGUUACCACUACACCAACACUGAGGCCGACAUUUGGUGAUUAGACGGGGAAAUGUUGCUAAGGUAAGAGCUAAAGUAGGUGAAUAGGGUGGGUAGGUAGGGAAGGAGGUACAGAAUAGGGAGGAAAUGGGUAUUUUGGGUAAGGUAGGUAGGGUAGGGUAGGGUAUGAACUUGUCCCUGGUCGCCUUGGGUGGGUUCACACCCAUUCCACAUACACACUGUGGCUGGCCUGCGGUUCCCAUCUCUCUCCUGUCACUCGUAAGCGAAUGUAACUUUUUACCGACUGCGUGUUUUAGCGCCACAGUACGUUGCAGGGGCAUCUGGCGGCGAGGGGUUUACUGGUUUAUUUCCGUCAGACAAUCCUCCAAUAUUGUUCUGGAGCCGCCAUCAUCCACCAGGAAUGUGAAGCAGUAAGACUCUCAGAUUUACUUCAUCUCUUCCCUUGAGGAGAUGUGAUUGAUUUCUCUUUUUUUUUUUAUACCACUCUGUUUUUAAGAGACGGUGUGUGCUGUCGUAAUGAAAUGUUUCCAGCCAACGUUGGCGGUUUGGUUUCAAUAAGUCGAGUGUUCCGUACUGUAAGUAGCAGAAGCACUGGUGACAGAAGAGUAUUUGCUCAAAUAGUGACCUCAGUCUAACUGAUGCCAUGUCUUGAUCGUCCACUCCUUGGGUGGUGACUGUCUUGCUACUCAAAACAGCAGCACCUACAGAGACAUGUAAAUGGUCUCUGAAACUAAUCUCUGACAUUUGUUCCAUAAGUUUUUUUGUUUCUGAUGUUGGUCCAGUCCAGUUCGACUUAAUAUAUGUUGUAUUAAUUGAUUGUCAUUUAUUUAUUAGAGGGAACAAAUAUAAACCCUUGGCCGCUAUGAGGAAAUAUGGUUUGGGCUCAUGAAAAGAUUCAUUUCAUGGCCGUUUUUUGAACAGUCUGAGUUGUGUGGAUACAAUCCUGUUCUGUGGCUCUUUGUGAUGCAACAUAUUGAGACUGUGUAAACAUUCAGUAAGCUCACAGGGGGGAGGGCGGGUGUCUUUGACCAGCUCUGUGGAUACUUGGGGAAGAAAAAAAGAUGACCCCGCCUCACAUUGAUACCAACAAUGGUGACUAUGAAGUUGGAUUUGGGCAGUUCUGCCAGGGAUGGGCAUAAUAAUCAAUGAAUUUGGCUAAUGGUGUUCAGUGGAUUGAGGCAAAGAAGUACAGUACAUGACUUCAGCUGUGGGAAGUUGACAAAACUGACAGAAAAUAACCGUUGAUUGAUUAUUAGCUGACCAACUGCCUAUCCUUGUUUUGGUCUCAUACAACAGCAGACCUUCUAACGGUAUCAUUGAGAUACGAAGGAGUAUUAGGGGAAACACUGAAAAGGAAACAAGAAAAAUGGAUACAUUCCAAGAAUAAACUCGUAAACAAAAUAUUGUCUUUUUUUUUUUUAGAAAAGACGUCGUCACAUCACGAGAUUAAAGUCUAAUUCUAACGGGGAAAAAGUGAUAUCAUUGGCUCGUAACAUUAUACCCCUCAAAGGAAGAAGCAACUUUUUUUUCUGCGAAAAUGCGACUUCAUUUCGGCAAAAAAAUAAAACUACUAACUGAAGAUUGCCACUUUUUCUAAUGCAAAAAGAAAAUGUAUCAUUGAAAACAAAAUACCACUUGGAAAAAUGUAUUUAACAGGGUUUUCUUGAAGAAAUUAAUGUUUGUUUGUUUUGUUUUUUUUUUUUAAAGAAAUACAGCUUUGUUCCUGGAGAAAUAUGUUUUAAUUUCUCAAAGAAUAUCCAAUUAUUCUUGAAAAAACAUCCCUUUUCCGUGUGGCCGUAAUCCUCCUUAGUAUUGGUGAGAUGAAGCCUCAUUGCUUUAAAACAAACAACAAAAAAGGUUUUGUUCCUUGUGCUUCGUGGCUAACGUCAUCUCUUGGCUCACAAUGUUAGCAAGUGUUUGGAUGCUAAGACGGAGAAGUAACUUUUCUUUUUAUCACAACUUGAGUGAUUUUAGAAGCUGGAGGAAAAUUCAGCUUUAAAAAAAACAAACAGAUUUUGAGCUCUGCUAUAAGAUUUUGUGAUUGUGAGAAAUAAAAGGUGCAACCCAUGACUGUACUGUAAAUAAAAUGUGAAAUGACAACCAGGAUCAGGCCUGCAGUCCAGGAGUCACAGGGUGCGUUCACACUUUUGGUCACGUUUGGUUCGGUUAAAAUGAACUUGGUCCGCUUCGUUUGGUCAAGUGUGAACAUGACCAUCCAAACCUGAUCUCCUUCUGCUUGCAAGGGAACUCUGGUGCAGUUUUGGUUUGGAAUAUUUGAGUUAUGUCACGUAAUAAAUUCAAGAAAAGUCUUGAAAAGUAUAUUUUAGAAGCUUUUGGUGACAUCUAAGAUGGUAAACAUAGCAGAAGAUAAAAAUAACUUGCGUAUUGAGCCCAGCAGAUGGCAUUUUGGUUGGAAUAUUUGAGUUUCGUCACAUAAUAAGUCAAGGAAACACUUGAAAGAUAUAUUUUAGAAGCUUUUGGUGAAACCUAAGCUGGUAUAUAUAUAUCAGAAGCUAAAACAUUAACUACGUAUUCAAUCCAGCAGAUGGCAUUUUGUUUGGAAUAUUUGAAUUAUGCCACAUACGUCAAGCAAACUCUUGGAGAAAAUAUAUUUUAGAAGCUUUUGGUGAAAUUUAAGUUGGUAAAUAUAGCAGAAGCUGAAAAAUUACCUGCGUAUGCAACCAAGCAGAUUGCAUUUUGGUUGGAAUAUUUUAAAUUUCAUUACGUAAUAAGUCAAGAAAACUCUUUUAAAAUAAUACUUUAGAAGCUUUUGGUGACACAUAAGCUCGUAAAUAUAGCAGAAUAUAAAAACAACCUACAUAUUGAACCCAACAGAUGGCAUGUUUGGAAGAUUAGUAAGGCAAAAACACAAAGUAUAUUUGAGAAGCUUUUGGUGACAUCUGAGCCGGUAAACGUAACAGAACGUAAAAAAAGGUACGUAUUCAACACAGCAGAUGACAUUUUGGUUGGAAUAUUUGAGUUAAGUCAUGUAAUAAGUCAAGAGAACUCUUUAAAAGUAUAUUUUAGAAGCUUUUGGUGACAUCAGAACUGGUAAACAUAGCAGAAUAGAAUAAUAACUUAUGUAUUGAACACAGCAGUUAUUUUGUUUUGGCAUACAGUAUUUGAGUUUCGUCACGUAAUAUGUCACAAAAGCUGUCCAAUCAAGUCCUUGCUCGAUGCACCUGUUAGCUACUGUGCAGCCUUCGGUCCCAUGACAAAAACAGCAGCGUGAAUGCUAAGCCAAACGCAACCGAGUAUCCUUUCAAAAAGAGUCCCGAGACACAAGUGUGAACGCAGCCUCAGGCCGGCUGUGCUGUGUGUGAUGCAGACAGACGCCACGUCCAUGUCAGUAUUGUAACCUUAUUAUUUAGUUGUCCUUCUUAGGUGCAUGGCAGAUGUAGUCAAGCUGCGGGCGGCUCUUAGUAACUCCCUAUGAAGUGCAACUUAACCUCAUGUGGUCGUCCACUUUUUUAAUGCUAUCUAGGUGAGUUCAGUGUGAGGAAGGUCCAUCUUGUCACUUCCUUUUUUUAUAUGACCACUGGUGACGUCCAGAAACUGCUUCUUGAACGGUUCUUCUGUUUACGACAUUUCCCUGCGGCACGUUCACGCAGGAGAAGAAAUGAAGCACCACCUUACACCUUCUUACACUUGAAUCGGUAUUUGAAUUUGUAUGAUUCCCGCUCUCCCCUUUUUUUAACCAUGUCAAUAAAUGUUGUACAUGUCCAGCUCUCCUCGUCUUCCACUGACCUGUUUGUUCAUGAGGAUGUAGAUGAGCGGGUUGAUGACGGUGCUGCUCUUGGCCAGCAGCGACGGCACCACGCUGGCCACGGGACUGAUGAUGUCGGGCGGCCCGAACGUGGCCAUCAUGGCCACCACGCCGUACGGCAUCCAGCACAGCAGGUAGCAGGCGGCCGUGGUCAGGACCAUGAACAGGAUGUGGUACUCUCGCCUCCGGGCUGCAGUCUUGCGGAUCUUACCCACCUGUGGCUCCACAAAUCCAUGCAUUUGUAUCAUUACUCUUAUUAUCAUCA